AUGUCUACCCAACUGAAGAGAAUCAGUUUACCGAACAGCCGUGUGAGCAUGUUCUACCGGGAACUCAGCGGAAGUACUCCAAAGAAAACAAUCCUCCUUCUUCACGGCUUUCCCUCCUCGUCCCAUCAAUAUAGGAAAUUGAUUCCUCUCCUUGCUACCACACACCGUGUUGUCGCCCCGGAUCUUCCAGGCUUCGGCUUCACGGAAGUACCAGAAGGGUUCAAAUAUUCAUUCGAGACGCUCACCGACACGCUUGAGGAGUUUGUAGACGCCAUGUCCCUUUCGAAAUUCUCGAUUUACAUCUUUGACUACGGUGCCCCGGUUGGUCUUCGUCUAGCGCUCCGGCGUGCGGACGCUAUUGAAGCCAUCAUCUCUCAAAACGGGAACGCGUAUACGGAGGGAUUCGGCGACGUGUGGGGUCCUAUACAGGAGUUCUGGGCAAGCGAGAACUCUGCAGAGGAUCGAGCCAAAAUGGCCGAUGCAAUGUUAACAUAUGACAUGACGAAGUUCCAGUACCUUAAUGGGACAAUCGAUGCCAGCAGCAUUGCACCAGAAUCUUACACGUUGGACUACGCGCUGAUGGAACGUCCUGGCAACAAGGAUGUUCAACUCGAUCUUUUUAUGGAUUAUCAGAGCAAUGUUGCGAUCUAUGAAAAGUUUCAAGAAUACUUCAGGUCUUCUCAAAUACCACUCUUGGCUGUCUGGGGGAAGAACGAUGUCAAGUUUCUUGAUGCUGGUCAUCUUGCGUCGGAGAGCCAUGCUGAGGAGGUUGCUGAAGAGGUCAUCUCUUUCUUGGAGCAGCUUAGUGGUUGA